UCGCUUCUCUUUACAGGCUCUGGGUUUGUCGCCUUUCAGCGCACUCUGUGAAAUUUUAUUAAUGGCGGGUGGAAACAAAUGAAGACGGCGGAAAAAAAAGGGUGUGAAGGGAAAAUGGUGGUCGUGCCUCACAGCGAGUGUUCUGUCAGGUAGAAGUCGACAUUGUGGGCUGGUUUCGUUUGCCGAGAAGUCUAAACGGACGCAAUUGUGUCAAAGGACAAUUACACAAUAAACAACUGGGGGGUGGGCCCAAAGCAGCUUUAUAAAAAUGGCAAAACUUAAACUCUGUUCUUUUCAAGCGGAUGUGGAGUGAAGAACGCUUCCGGCCCCUCCCCUCGUCAGCACAGGGUGGGCCGCUUUAUAGUUCAGGUGCUGAUGUCCCACCGGCAAAUGUGCUGACCUGGAGAAGUUUUGUUUUUCCUUACUCCUUUUCACAUUGUAUCAUGGCUGGCUAAACCCUUAACAAAGGAAGGGGGCAUCUUUCUUGGGGAGGUAGUACUAAUUACCCCCACCAUAGUUCAAGUAAAUACUCAAAGCACAGCAUUCAUGGCGUUGAUAGAUUACAGAUUAUUUCAUCCAAUGAAAGGCAACAAUCAAUUUAGAAAAUACCUUAGCAAUGAAGAGCUUGCAUUUUACUAUCCUACCUGACUUGUAUAAAAGAUAGGCUUAAGGAAAACAGCGUAGGUGGAAGUAAGAUUGUGCCGGCUGAGUAAAGGUGUUUUUAGUAUUGCUGCCAAUCACACUGUAACUUUGUGCAUGGAUGUUGUGCUGUUGGCUUUGCACUGCAGGUUUUUAUUAGAAUUGCGUUGCAUUAACAUCAAGAAUAGAAAACGUAACUGAUAAUCCAGCAGUGAUUUACUCCCUAAAAAAGAUGCCCCCCUUCCUUCUCCCCCUCUUUACACACACUAUGGCAAAUGAAAUUCUGGACAGAAACCCAGACCUUGCUAAGUGGGUGAAAUCAAACCCAAGCAUGUGUAAAAUUACCUUGGACUUCUCAUGUGAACUCUAUCGGCUCUCCACAUUUUGUACCUUUCCGACCAACACACAGGUGUCUGAGCGGAACCUUGCCAAAGCUGGAUUUUAUUAUACCGGUUCCGACGACAAGGUCAAGUGCUUUACCUGUGGCUUGAUGCUUGAUAAUUGGAAGAAAGGCGACAAUGCAUUUGAAAAGCACAAAAAAUUAUACCCCAGCUGUAGUUUUAUUCAGAAUGUGCCGCCGGUAAAUCUCGGUGCAUCUUUGCAUUCUGCCUUCUCACCACCUGCCUCCAAUAGUACUCCCAUGUCCUCUGCUGCUUCUGAGAAUGACAAAGUUGAGGCGAUCAGUAUGAAAUAUUGUAGUAUUCCCCAAAAUCCAGUCACAUUCAGAGGCAUCGAGGAUCUGUCACACAUCCGGACUAGUGAAUACAUGUAUACAGAAGAAGCCAGGCUUAACAGUUUCAAAGAGUGGACAAAUGCAUUUCUUACUCCUCCUGAACUUGCAAAAGCUGGUUUUUACUUUGUCGGGCCUGGAGAUAAAGUCGCCUGCUUUACCUGCGAUGGUAAAUUGAGCAACUGGGAACCAAAUGACAAUGCCAUGUCCGAGCACCGUCGACAUUUUCCAGAUUGUCCCUUUGUGAAGACCUCUACUAGGGUUUCCUCAAGGUUCAGUGUUUCAAAUGUCAGCAUGCAGGCCUCCUCGGCUCGACUCAAAACCUUUGUCAGUUGGCCGCCUAGGAUUCCUGUGAGUCCAACACAACUUGCAGAAGCCGGAUUCUACUAUGUUGGCAGAAAUGACGAUGUUAAAUGCUUUUGCUGUGACGGAGGGCUUCGUUGCUGGGAGUCCGGAGAUGACCCGUGGGUUGAACAUGCAAAAUGGUUUCCCAGAUGUGAGUAUUUGUUGAAUGUAAGAGGCCAAGACUUUGUUCGUGAGGUUCAAGAAAGACAUCCACAUCUUCUUGAUCAGUUGCUUUCAUCUUCAGAAAACCAAAAUGAAGCAAAGAACACACCCAUUAUUCGAUUGGGAACGGAGAAUAGCCAGGAAGAUGAAAUUAUGAUGAGCACUCCCAUGGUUCAGACUGCCUUGGAGAUGGGAUUUAAUAGAAGAUUAGUGAAACGAACCAUUCAGAGUAAAAUUUUGACAUCCGGAGAAAAUUAUAUUCAGCUUGAUGAUUUAAUAAGUGAUCUUCUAAGUGCACAAGAAGAACAGACUGAGGAAGAGCGAAACAGACAGGCAGAAGAAAACUCAAUGGAUGAUAUCUCUGUAAUUCGUAAGAGCAGAAUGGCUUUGUCACAGCACAUUGCUAGUCGAAGCAUUCCCAUCCUGGAUUAUCUGUUGUCUUCCAAUGAUAUCACCACUGCCGAAUAUGAAGACAUAAAAGUGAAAACACAGCCCAUUUUGCAAGCUCAAGAGAUGAUCGAGACUAUAAUAACUAAAGGAAAAACAGCAGUUCAGACAUUAAAAAAUUGUCUACAGAAGCACGAUCCAAACCUCUUCAGACAACUAUUCACUGAACAGUCUCUGAAAUGUAUAUCAUUAGAUGAUUGUUCAGAUUUAUCUAUGGAAGAACAACUAAGGAGACUGCAGGAAGAAAGAACCUGUAAAAUAUGUAUGGAUCAGGAGGUUUCCAUUGUCUUCAUACCUUGUGGCCAUUUGGUAGUCUGUAAGGAUUGCGCCCCCUCUCUCCGGAAGUGCCCAAUAUGCAGAGGCACGAUUAAAGGCACAGUUCGGACGUUUCUUUCAUGAACUGGUACAGUGAUCAUUCAACACAAGCCACCCUGAUUGCUUUAAGAGAAUCCAGUUAUGAUGCAAUUAUUACUUUAACAAAAGAACUGAUAUAUAUAGAUAUAUAGAUAUAUAAUACUGAGACAUAAUGCACUAUAAUAAAACAAUGUGUUUGAAUAUUU